ACUCUCGUCCCUGACAGCCACAGACGUACAGCACAGGGUGCAUUCAGAGAAGGACCCGCAAACAAAACUUCAUAGAAAACUUUCUGCUCUUGUUCCAGAGAACUUGCUGAAGAGGAGAAAGGAAAAAAAAAAAAAAAGACCUGUGCGCGAGGGGGAGGAGAAGCGGGCCUUUUAAGAAGGCCACCACGACAACUUUGCAGCCAGGAUGCCCUUGCUUUGGCUCAGAGGAUUUCUGCUGGCAAGUUGCUGGAUUAUAGUGAGGAGUUCCCCCAGCCCCGGAUCCGAGGGGCGCGGCGCAGCCCCCGACUGUCCGUCCUGUGCGCUGGCCACCCUCCCCAGGGAUGGACCCCACUCGCAGCCCGAGAUGGUGGAGGCCGUGAAGAGGCACAUUUUGAACAUGCUGCAUCUGAAGAAGAGACCCGAUGUCACCCAGCCGGUGCCCAGGGCGGCGCUCCUGAACGCCAUCAGAAAGCUUCAUGUGGGCAAAGUGGGCGAGAACGGGUUCGUGGAGAUCGAGGACGACAUCGGCCGGAGGGCGGAGAUGAAUGAGCUCUUGGAGCAGACCUCGGAGAUCAUCACCUUCGCCGAGGCAGGCACAGCCAGGAAGACACUGCACUUCGAGAUUUCCAAGGAAGGCAGCGACUUAUCGGUGGUGGAGCGGGCAGAAGUCUGGCUCUUUCUGAAAGUCCCCAAGGCCAACAGGACGAGGACCAAAGUCACCAUCCGUCUCUUCCAGCAGCAGAAGCGUCCUCGGGGCAGCGUGGACAUGGGGGAUGAGGCGGAAGUGGGCUUACAGGGGGAGCGGAGUGACCUGCUGCUGUCAGAGAAGGUGGUGGAUGCUCGGAAGAGCACCUGGCACAUCUUUCCUGUCUCUAGCAGUAUCCAGCGCUUGCUGGACCAGGGCAAGAGCUCCCUGGAUGUGCGGAUUGCCUGUGAACAGUGCCAGGAGAGCGGCGCCAACCUGGUGCUCCUGGGCAAAAAGAAGAAGAAAGAGGAGGAGGGGGACGGGAAGAAGAAGGACGGAGGUGACCGGGGGAUGGAAGAGGAGAAGGAGCAAUCGCACAGACCUUUCCUCAUGCUGCAGGCCCGGCAGUCUGAAGACCAUCCUCACCGACGGCGGCGGCGGGGCCUGGAGUGUGACGGCAAGGUGAACAUCUGCUGUAAGAAGCAGUUCUUUGUUAGCUUCAAGGACAUCGGCUGGAACGACUGGAUCAUCGCUCCCUCUGGCUAUCAUGCCAACUACUGUGAGGGUGAGUGCCCAAGCCAUAUAGCAGGCACCUCGGGGUCCUCACUCUCCUUUCACUCAACCGUCAUCAACCACUACCGCAUGCGGGGCCACAGCCCCUUCGCCAACCUCAAAUCGUGCUGUGUGCCCACUAAGCUGAGACCCAUGUCUAUGCUGUACUACGACGACGGCCAGAACAUCAUCAAAAAGGACAUUCAGAACAUGAUUGUGGAGGAGUGCGGCUGCUCCUAGAGCUGCCCUGCCCUGGGGAGAAGGAUCUAGAGUUGUCCAGAGGAUAUGGUGGCAAAAUGAAGACAUUGUUAAGGUUUCUGAGCUAAACAACAAGAAAAAAAAUAGAAAUUAAAGAAAAAUACAAAAACUAAAACUUAACUGAAAGAAAGCCUGAUGAAGCAGAUGGAGGAAUAAAUGGCACAACUCCUUAGCCAGGGCUCUGAGACGGAACGGAGAAGGAGACAGGGAUUGGGAGGGGAAGAGAGAAUGAUGUACCCUUCAUUUCUUCCAAAACCAAACUGAUCACGUCAGUUGUCCAAUCGGGGUAUAGUCCUCUCUGCCCCCCCCACCUUCUGGUUCCCUUGCGAGCCUCAAAGUCUACUUGUCUAGUCCACAGGAAUGUGGCCUAGCACAACCCAAAAAAAUGUCUAGAAAGCCAUGAGUUUAAAAGGGCCAGUCCCACCCAACUACCCAGGUCAUAAGUAUGUCUGUGUGACACUAUCUCUGUGUAUAUCAGCAGACACACACACACAAACACACACACACACACACAUACACACACACACACACACACACACACACACACACACACACACAUACACAGAGGCAUUUCCACAUACCAUAUGCAUAUAUGUACCGGUGAAAGAACUUUACCAUGCAGGUGGUCACACUUUCUUUUUCCGUACCACUUUUGCAACAAGACAAAACAAAACCAACAUAAAAAAAAUUGAGAACAAGAA